GGUCGUGGUGAAUUAAAAAAACUUUAUGCCAAGGAAAUAUUUAUGCAGAAAAAUAUGUACUUCAUUUUGAAAGAAAAAAAAUGGCAAAUUUAUAUAUUUAUUGGAAAUGUUUCAUAAUUAUUACGUUUGAUUAACUGCUUAAAUAUUUGUUUCAUAUUUAAUAAAUAUAUAAUACCGUAGUUUUCAAAUUUCUGCAUAUUUUUACUUUUACUUGGAUAAAAUUUGCUGUCGCUGUUGCCAUUUUUUUAUCACUUUUAUUUACAUCAAACUUUUCCUUCAUUAUCGUUUCAUUUGGGCCUUCAAAAAUAUUAAUAAAAAUGGGGAUAUGCUACUGAUGUAAUUAAAUAAUUGUUUCAUUUUUGUAUGUUUAACAUUUCUCAACUUAUGCCAGUUUUGGUUGAAGGACAAAAAAUAAUUUUAUGUUAAUAUUUGCUUAAAAAUAUUUGAUAUGGAUAUUUUUUGAGGUUGUAUUUUUUUUUUUCUUUAACGUCCUUCAAAUUCAUAAUCUUAAAUUAGUUGUGGUUAAUGCUCAAAUGACACGUGGCUGUUAUAAAAAAAUGGAUAAUGAAGAAUGAAAACCAUAAUGAAAUAAAUAUUAAAGGAAUAGACAAGGCAAAAUGUGACAAAUCAGAUGAAAGCCGCACUACUGAAUUUGCCACCGUGAGGAUAAUAAAAUGGACAAGCCAAAUCAGAGUUAACGUAUUUCCCUUUAUCUUGAAAGUUAUCAUAUUAACUUUCUUCCUUCACAUAUCAAAACGUUUCAGCAAUAGUUCUCCGUUCACGCCAGGAAAUAACUCGAACAAUGAAAGGCACAACGCGCGCUUUAAAACAUUAAGAGUGUUGAACGGAAGUGGCACUAGUGAUUCUACUUCUAAAUAUAAAUCACUAUUAUCAAUAACUAAGAAAAAAAGUGAUAAAUCAGAGUAUUCGGAAAAAAAAACAGAAACGACCAAGUCAACCAUUACUAGUUAUAAAGACUUAAAAGAUGAAGUUGAUGAAGCUGAUUUAUCAGAUGAAGGAGUACUGCUGGGGGAAAUGAAUAAAAUUAUAUUACAAGAGAAACUCAUGAGGGAGGAAUUUUCAAAGGCAGGGAAUUCUCCUUCGAACGCAUACUUUGCCCUUUAUUUCAAUGAUGAAAAUUGCAUAAAUCGAAUUAUGGACUUGUCGAGAAAAUCAAGACUGUAUAGAAGCAAAUAUUUACGACUGAGGUAUCGUAUUCUCAGACAUAUCAAUAAAUUUAUAAAAAGAAUGAAAGUUUUCUUCAUCAUGGAAUAUAAAUACAAUAGAAACUUUUUGGAAGAAUUUCGUGCUAGUAAUUUCUAUUACUUCGUAUUUCCUUAUGUAAAAUGUCACAUCAAAAUUUUCUUUUCUCGGUUUUCGAAGUAA